GAGAGUUGAGAAAAGUUGUGCUGAUGAGCUGUUUGUCAUCUGAAACGAGUAGAUCAUACAAGGAGAGUUAAUAUUGACGAGUUAAAUGGCGGAGGAACUGUUGGUAGGAGAACACCAUGCGAAAAUCUCUGCGCAUCUCACAAAGUCGCUACUGGCGGUGGCUCUUCUGUCCUCAUUUGGGAGCUCCAUGUUGUAUGGCUACAACUUGGCAGUCGUCAACUCUCCAGCACAGUAUAUCAAAGACUUCUACAAUGAGACUUUUGUCGACGGUUAUGACUGGACUCCAGAUGAAGAAUUCCUCACCGUCUUAUACUCUCUCACUGUGUCCAUCUUUGCCAUUGGUGGGAUGACCGGAGCUCUGCUGGUUGGCAGGCUUGUAACCAGAUAUGGAAGGAAAGGGACACUGGUGAGAGCUGCAGGGCUGGUAUUUAUAGGUGGAGCUCUGAUGGGCUUCAGCAGGUCAUGCAGGAUGCCCACAAUGGUCAUCGCAGGCCGCUUCAUCACUGGAGUCCACUCAGGCAUCUCUCUCAGUGUGGUUCCGAUGUACCUCGGUGAGAUUGCCCCCAAGAACCUGCGAGGUUUCCUGGGCCUCGUCCCCAGUAUCCACAUCUGUCUCGGGGUCUUCAUUGCUCAGGUCCUGGGGCUUGGGGAGCUCCUGGGAAAGGAGGAACACUGGCCCUUGCUCCUCUCCAUUGUGGUGUUUCCUACGAUGAUCCAGCUAAUGCUGUUGCCAUGGUUUCCAGAGAGUCCCCGAUAUCUGUUGAUAGAGAAGGGGAAUGUGCAUGCAACUAUUGCAGCCCUGAAGUGGUAUCGUACUAAAGGAAACAUCCAGGCUGAGGUUGAGGAGAUGCAGGAGGAGCAGCGUUCUCUAUCUUCUGUCCAGACCAUCUCUGUCAAAGGCCUGCUCAUGGACCGCUGUGUUCGCUGGCAGGUCAUCACCAUUGUGGUGGUCAACAUCGGUAUGCAGCUGUCUGGUAUCGACGCGAUCUGGUUCUAUACAAAUGACAUUUUCAAGAACGCAGGAAUCCCAGAGCCUCAUAUCCAGUACACGACAGUGGGAACAGGAGCUAUUGAGGUCAUCUCUGGAAUGAUGGGGUGUUUUACUAUUGAGCGUGUUGGCAGAAGGCCUCUGAUGAUCGGCGGCUUCCUUUUCAUGGGAUUGUGCUGCGCUGGGAUCACCGUGACUGUCAUGUUACAGGCUCAGCUGUCCUUCAUGCGUUACAUCAGUGUGGGUUGUGUUGUUGGAAUCAUCGCUGGCUUCUGCAUAGGUCCAGCCGGCGUGCCCUUCCUCAUCACCGCAGAGCUGUUUAAGCAGUCGCACAGACCAGCCGCCUACACCGUGGCCGGGUGCCUGAACUGGUUGUCCAAUUUCACAAUCGGAUUCCUCUUCCCAUUCCUAGAGAUAACGAUGGGACCUUACUGUUACCUGAUCUUCUGUGCGAUCUGCUUGGGAGUGGCCCUCUACACUACAUUUGUCAUUCCUGAGACGAGGAACAAAACCUUUAUGGAGAUCAGUCAGAUGUUUGCUGCCAAGAACCACAUCCUUGAAGAGGAAUUAAUAUCUAAUGGUCAUCUGAAAAUGUCCAUGAUGAACGGCUACGGGGCGAUGGAAGAUGAAAUCAAAUGAGGACCUUACCUACCAGGAUUGAGGAGGUGGACCUUGGUGCAUAUGACGGCUUCAUCCUCAGUGUUCCUUCUCAAUUUGUGAUGACUAAAGUAACUACAGAUGAAAGGUUGGAGGUGUGAUUGGAGGAAAUCUGCUGCUUUCUGUUUCAGUACAAACAUUCCUCCUGUCAGUGUAGCUUUUGUGCGGCGUAUAACGCAGAAGUCACACAGUCAUGCAUUUCAAAUCAGCCAUUAGUGACAUUUUAAUCAGUUUUUCUGCGUCUUACAGCAUUUUACAGGAGCUCAAUUGGCGCCUCUCAUUGCUCUCAGAAGUUUUAAUCUCCGCAUCAGCGUCACUUUUUUCAGGUCCCAUGAUCACUUUAUUGUUCAUAUUCACUGCUGAUUGCCUUGUCUUUGUUGUUCAGCAUGGAGUAAAUGUUGCGUAUUUAUUUACUGUAAUAACACCUCAGAGACGCUUAGAUACUUCCAUCAGUAGGAACAUAUGAAAGCCAUUUCUCUGAUAUUUCACUCAGUAAUUAAAGGUCACGAGAUUUUGUAUGAAUAAUACAUUACUUAUUGUUAAUGUUUGUUUACACUGUUAAGCUCAAGGCCAAAGUCUUGACUGGAAACUUAAGCUCAUGUUUUGGUGUGUUCCGUCUUGUGAUUUUUUUGUCUCUUUUUACUCAAGAGAGCUGAAAAUUGUGGCUACUGUAGUAGUCAUCUCAUACAUCUGGUCUGAAUGUAUGCACAUGUAUGUAAAGCUUGUGAAGACAGUGUUAAUUUAUCAAAGCAUCACACUGAAGUAGUUGUAUAAGUUGUUAACGGCAGUAUGUUUUACAUGACCUCUUUGUAUAAAUAUGCAGCGUCGUCAGUGACCACAAGAAAUA